AUGGCGUCCGGCAUGGAGGAGGAUCAGCCGGCUUGGGCGGCGGAUGUGGAAACUUACGUCUCGGUCGAUCGUGCGAGCGCCGUGUCCGAUGAGGACCGCGACGAGGCUGCGGGUCGCAUCGUCCAGCUCCUGGUCUCCGGCGCGCUCACGUUCCUCGAUCUGCUGCGGGGGAUGGAGACGUGCCUGGUGACGACUGACGAACCCCGCCGCGCGAGGGGCGUGCUGCUGCUCGCCGAGUGCGUCGCGGGAUAUGCAGGGGACGAUGAAACCGUCGCUGGCGGCGCCAGGCCGCUCCCGGGCGGCGCGGCUUCGCUCCUCUCGCAGUACUUCGCGAGCAAGCUCGAGGAUUUCGCGGUGCUCCGCGCGGCGCUGGCGGGAUGCACCGCCCUGCUCCGCGCCACGGCGACGGUCGACGGCGCGCCCGACCGAUCCGCGCCGGCCGUUUCGCACGAUAACGCCACGGAGAUGGCGGACCGGUUCUUCGACGCCGUGCACGUGCCGAGCCUGGUGCAAGCGGACAGGCAGCGAUCGUACCAGUUCCUCCUCGCGCUCGUCUCGCACCCGGCCUCUUUCGCCGACGGACCGCCGCUCGGAUCCGCGAACCCCGCGGAACAGAUCGAGAGCGUCGUGGCGGCGUGCGACGGGGAGAAGGAUCCGAGGAACGUCCUGCUGCUGUGCGAGCUGUGGACCGCGCUGCCCCGCGCCUUCUGCGGCGACGGGCACGAGAAAGCAAUCGCCGACGCGAACGACGGCGUCGCAAAGCGGCGAGCGGCUUUCGCCUCGGCGGCGGAGGAACUCUACGACGUCGUCGCCGCAUACUUCCCGGUGUCGUUCCGACCGCCGCCCGGGGACUCCGUGCGUGUCACCAGGGAACAGCUCGCGGCGACGCUGCGGGGAGCCAUGUGCGCGUCGGGUGAUUUCGCGCCGUGGGCCGUGCCGCACGUGCUGGAGAGCCUCGCUCCGGAUAAGAAACCCACGACUCUGGACGACGCGCUCGCCACGUUGAUGGCGUGCGGCGCCGCGUUCGGGACGCGCGGCAUGUCGCCGCACGUGAGGAACGUGUGGUCGCGCCUGCGUAACCUGCUGUUGCACCCGCCCGCGGGUCCGGAGCUCACCGCGGAGGGAACCGCGAGGUGGGCCACGAGGGCUUUCGCGUCCGAGUGGGGCGGAGCCGAGUUGGUCGCCCUCGCUCUCGCGGAUCCGUGCCUCAAGGACGCCGCGCAGGCUCUCAGGGGCGAGGGCGGGGACGCCAUGGAAGUUGACGGAACCGGAAACGGCGGCGGCGGGUGUUGCGGCGGGUCCGGGGAGCGCGAGGGGCACGUCGAGGGCGGCGGAGGCGGCGGGUGCUGCGGCGGGUCCGGCGGCGGCGCGGCCGAGGGCGCGGCGGCGGCGGCGGCGGACGUGACGCGACGCGGCCACGCGCUCGUCGCCGGAGCCGGCCGGAUCAUCGGCGCGAUCGCCGCGGCGGGUCCCGAGCCCGCGGCGGCGGCGAUGUCCCUCGGCCUCGCGCCGUUGCUAGACGCGGCCGGGAUUGGACCCGCCGGGGAGACAGCCCGCGCGCGACCGGGCACGGGACCGUUGGGGCUCGUGCUGGCCACGCCGGCGGCGUGCGGUGCCCUCGACGGCGCCCUCGCCGGCGCGAACGCAUCCGCGGAGGCGUCGCCCGCGGCGGUCCUGGGGGACGUCGGCGCGCGGCUCGUCGGGCUCUUCGCGGCGGCGGCGGCUAAGCGGAUCGAGGGCACCUCCGCGCUUCGCGUCAAAGAGGAGAAGAAGUCGGAACCCGCCGCCGCGAACGAGAAGGAGGAGGCGGAGGAGGAGGAGGAGGAGGGGUCGCAGGACAACGGCGGCAUCCUCGGCGUCGCGGGGCUUCGAACGCUCCUUUCGUUCCCCGCGGGCACGGGGCUGCUGGGCGAGGAGGGCGCGCGCGCGGCGCUGAACGCCCUCGUGGACGCGUCCCUCGAGACCGACGCCUCGGAAGCCGACGCGGACAUCGACCCGCGCACCGACCUUCGCGUCCGAGCCGGUGAGGCGCUCGCCGCGGCGGCGUCGUCCAAGUCCGACCCGGCUGUGGCGGCGGCGACGGUGAAGACGGCGGUACCGAGGCUGUGCGCCGCGUGCGACGGCGACGCCGCGUCUCUCGCGCUCGCAGCGCUCGCGCGGGUGUCCGCCGCCUCCGCCGACGCGAGGCGGGUGGCGGUGACCGCCCUCUGGUCCCGCCUCGGCGGCGCCCGCCGGCCGGACCCGGUGUGGACCAAACCCCUCUGGAAGGAUUUCGUCGACGCCAUGGCGGGAACCGUCCCGAAAACGGCGUCGUCGGGGUCGGGCUCGGUGCCCGGCAUGCUGCAGAGCGCCGCGCUGGACCCGUCCACCGCGGCGGGGGGCGGCGAAGAGGACGCCGCCGCGAGGGACAUCGCCGCGGCGAUGCGAUCGGAAACGGCGCCGGGGGCGGGGAACAACGAAGACGCGUGCCGGCUCAUCCGCGCGGCGACCGCGGCGCUCGGCGACGCGCACCAGGUCGGGGUGCUCGCCGAUGCGGCGGGGGAGAUCAUGAGUGGCGGUCCGUGCUUCAGAGCCGCCUGCGCCGCCGUCGCGGGCCUGAGGGUGUCGCCGAGCAAGUCGACGGAUUUUCCAAACUGCGAGGACCUCGUGCGGAGACUGGUGAGUCGCGCGGUGGGAGGAGGGGACGAGGACGACGCGCGCUCCGCGACGGAGGCGCUGUCGUCCCUGAUUCACAAGCUCGGCGCGUCCGGAGCGUUGGGCCCGCGAUCGGGUCUGACGGCGGCUGUGGACGCCGGGCUGACGGGCUCCCUCCACGCCGCCGCGGGCGUCGCCGCCGUCGGAGCUACGCUUCGUGCGCUCGCCGCGCGCGCGGACCCGGCCGCGGCCGAACUCGCCGCGGACCUCGUCGCCGCGCUAUCGUCGGCGUCUCGUGAGGUGGCCGCGGGGGCCGCGCGCGCGUUCGGGGUGGCGAUGUCCCCCGGCGGCGGCGGCCCGGGCGUCACCCGCGAGUGCCACGGAUCGGAGAAGAAACUCUUCCGACAGCGGUUCUUCACCCAGACCGUGCCCGCGGUGAUGGCGGCGCUCAAGCCGUCCUCGCGAUCUGGCCAGGCGACGACCAACCCCGAUCACAGGCCCGCGCAUCUGUCGGCGCUCGUCCACCUCGCCCGCCACGCGCCCAUCUCCGCGGUGCUUCAGUCGGGCGACUCGAUCCUGCCGGUGCUGGCCGAGGCUAUCAACGCGCUCGCGGACCAAUCGACGCCGUUUGCGGACAAGGACGCCCUCGCCGGUAGUAUCACGAUGACCGCGGCGUUCCUAUCGGACCCGCGCGGCAGGGACACGCUGGCUCUACACGCGGAGGAACACGCCGGGGCUAUCAUCGGCGCGUUGUGUCGCAUCGGGUCGUCGGCUGCGAGGAAACCCCCGGGGUCGUUGGCUGGGUCGCCGACGCUGUCGCUGGUGGUGAGGGAGACGGCGCUGGAUGCUCUGGUGGCGGCGACGUCCCUGCCGUUCUCCGUGGUGUAUCCUCAGCGCAGGGCGGUUGAGAGGGCGUCGGUAGCGGCGUUGGACGAUCCCAAGCGCGUCGUCAGGUUCGCGGCGGCGAGGUGUCGGGAGGCUUGGCUCUUGCUGGGCAAGCAAACCAACACAGCCGCAGGUGUCGUUGGAGCCUGCUGGAGCGAUCCCGUGGAUGGAGCCGUGCUCGGUCCCGUGGUGCGAUUCGUGCUCCGUCUCGUGGUGAGAUUCAUGCUCGAUCCCGUGGUGCGACCCGCUCUUGUUCUUGUUCUUGUUCUUGUUCUUGUGCCGAGAGGCGGGACGCGGGACAGCUCGGGUCUCGCUGGCCUGCACUCCGCUUCCGAGGAGCGCGACGAUGACCAUCAGCGCGAGGAGGAUCGCAAAGACUCGGUUCAUGAUUUAUGGGUGAUGUCGGGCUUGUUGAGAGGGUAG